AUGCCGCGGCCAAGAAAACGUCAGUUAUUCAACUUCAACCAAGAAUCUAGAGAAGGAAACAACAACGCUGAUCCAGCUAAAGUCCCUCGCCUUUCUUUGGUUUUACAUGAACGGGAUUCAACUUCAAUAAAUUGCCAGUCUUCAUUGAAUCACCAGCCUUCAACUACAAUAAAUUGCCAGUCUUCAUUGAAUCAUCAGCCUUCAACUUCAAUAAAUUGCCAGUCUCCAGUGAAUCACCAGCCCUCAUUUUCAAUAAAUUGCCAGUCUCCAGUGAAUCACCAGUCUUCAACUUCAAUAAAUUGCCAGUCUUCAGUGAAUCAUCAGUCUUCAACUUCAAUAAAUUGCCAGUCUCCAGUGAAUAACCAGUCUUCAACUUCAAUGAAUUGCCAGUCUCCAGUGAAUCAUCAGUCUUCAACUUUAAUAAAUUGCCAGUCUUCAUUAAAUCACCAGCCUUCAACUUCAAUGAAUUGCCAGUCUCCAGUGAAUCACCAGUCUUCAACUUUAAUAAAUUGCCAGUCUUCAUUAAAUCACCAGUCUUCAACUUCAAUAAAUUGCCAGUCUCCAGUGAAUCACCAGCCUUCAAAUACGACAAAUCUCAGAGAAGCUUCAACUAGAGCAAAUGCAGUUAUUAGAAAUAUCGUCAAACUAGAAAAUUCUGAGAAGCGUUUAAGGAAACUUGAGGAUCUGCGACUUCGAGCUUCACGACGACUUAAAGUGGAAACUUGCACACAGUAUUCUCAGAGACUUGAAGAUCUGCGGCAGAGAGCUUCACAUCGACUUCAAGCGGAAACUUGCACACAGUAUUCUCAGAGACUUGAGGAUCUGCGACAGAGAGCUUCACAGCGACUUCAAGCGGAAACUUGCACACAAUAUUCUCAGCGACUUGAGGAUUUGCGACAGAGAGCUUCACAGCGACUUCAAGCGGAAACAUGCGCACAAUAUUCUCAGCGUCUUGAGGAUCUGCGACAGACAGCUUCACAGCGACUUCAAGCAGAAACAUGCGCACAAUAUUCUCAGCGACUUGACGACAUGCGACAAAGAAAUUCAAGACGAUAUGUAAAUGAAACUCCCAUAGAAUAUUCUAAGCGACUUGACGACUUGCGACGAAGAGCUUCACAGCGACUGGAAACUGAGUCUCCAACAGAAUAUUCCAAACGACUUUAUGACAUGCAAAAUCGUGCUUUACAACGAACAAAUAAUGAAACGCCUACUCAACGAAAUGAGAGACUUGAAGAAAUGCGACAGCAAGCAGCCAUAAGAUUAUCUGAAGAAACCCACGAACAACGCAUCGAGAGACUUGAAGAAAUGAGACAAGGGGCAGCCAUAAGAUUAUCUAAAGAAACCCACGAACAACGCAAUGAGAGACUUGAAGAAAUGAGACAGCGGGCAACACUAAGGUUAUCUGCAGAAACGAAGAUAAAAGAGGACCAACGUUUGGAGGAACAAAGACGGCGUGACGCAAGACGAAGAGCAGCCUUGGAGAAAACUAAAGUACAAACGUACAAGAGCGCAGUGAACUCAAGUGUUAACUAUAGAUCAUUGGGCCCCUUUACAAUUACAUGCAUACAUUGCCAGGCGAUACAUUUUCCAGAGGAAAGAGUUGGCAACAAAGUUAACAGAGACUCCUUCGGGGACUGCUGUUUACAUGGUCGAAUUUCCCUGGAAGCUCCUAUCUUUCCAAAUGAAUUAAUUAUUUUGUUUUUAGGUCAGCACCCUUUGGCACAGGAAUUUCAUAAGAAGAUACGAAAUUUAAAUGCAUGCUUUUCAUUGGCAUCAUUUAAUGUGGAUGACGACAGGACAAUUAAUAGCCACGGCAUUUAUAGUUUCAUCGCAGCAGGGAUGAUUUAUCAUAAAAUAAAUUUGGCUGUUCAUCCAACACAAAAUCCAAAUGGUGACUACGAAAGACCACAAUAUGGUCAGCUCUACUUUCUGGAUCCCGACGAUGCUGUGAAUGAAAGAAUUCAUCAUCCAUACAAUAGUGACAUCAACCAAGACUUAAUGAAUAGAUUGGAGAAAAUCAUACGCGCCGUCAAUUGUUUCGCUCAGGCAUUUAAAAUGAUGAGAGAAGUGGAGACAGAAACUAGACAACUUGCAUCAGCAAACAGAAUAGCACCUCCACAUGUUCGACUUUUGUUUACUAAUCCUGAUGGUUUUGAUAUCAGGCGCUACAAUGUCCCCUCAUCCAAUGAAGUAUGUGCUGUGCUGACACUGAAUGCUGAUCAAAGCAUUCCAGCUAAUGAAAUGGUUGUACAUCAGCGAGGCAAAGAAAUAGUUACUUUAAAGAACACAGACAAACGAACAGAGCCCUUCACAUAUCCAUUAUUUUAUCCUAAAGGCACCUUUGGAUAUUCUGUGGAUCUAAAGCUACAACAGCCUUAUCCCAGUCGGCAGCAUCUAACAAGACUGGAAAUGGCACAAUACCGUAUUGCUUAUCGCAAAGGACUCACCAAAAAUCUCCCACUUGAAAAAGAUCGAAGCGAUCUUGAUCUACGUGAAACACAAUUCAACGCACUACAUUUUGGUGGCCGACUGUUUCAGCAGUAUCUGGUUGACACAUUUAUUAGAGUCGAACGCGAUCGCAUCCAGUGGAUCAAGUCCAACCAAAAGAAGAUUCUGGCUGAAAAAUACAUAGGAGUGUCUAACUUUCUUAAAGAACUGGCUGAAAAGAAAGAUGCUGUUGUUGGUGAAACCAUCAUUUUACCAUCCUCCUUCCCAGGCUCAACACGAUACUAUGCUGAACAAUUUGAAGACGCCAUGGCUAUAGUACGACGCUUCGGUUCACCAGACUUCUUUAUAACCAUGACAUGUAAUCCGGAAUGGCCUGAAAUAAAAGAAGCUGCCCGUAUUGUUACCGAGGAAGGGUUUGUUAUUCAGCAGCGAGCUCAAGAUCGUCCUGAUCUCGUUGCGAGAGUAGCAAAGCUGAAGUUUGAAACCAUUAUUGAGGAAUUGUACAAGAAACAAAUCUUUGGGAAAGUAGCAGCCUAUGUUUAUACUAUUGAAUUUCAAAAGCGUGGUCUCCCUCACAUGCAUCUUUUACUAAUUAUGAGAUCGGAAGACAAAGUGCACAAUCCUGAUGAGCUAGAUGAUUUAAUUUCUGCUGAGAUCCCAGACAACACAGAUCCUGAGUUGCGAGAACUGGUAUUGAAAUGGAUGAUCCAUAAUCCUUGCGGUGAACAUGACUUAAAUGCGUCAUGCAUGAAAAACCACAAUGGAAAAAUUCACUGCCGUUUCGAUUUCCCCAAACCUUUUCAAGAAACAACAUCACUGGUUGACGACGAAAAACCAAAAUUAAGACGUCGGUAUGAUUCCAGACUGGACCAGCAGAGCCCUGAAUUUUCUCACGAACUAGCUGUCUACCGAAAAGACAAGUCUGGUAGAAGAAUAACCAGAGACAACCGCCACGUGGCUCCUUACAAUGCAUAUUUGCUGAAACUUUUCAAUUGCCACAUAAACGUUGAAUUUGUUGGAAGCAUUAGAGCAGUGAAAUAUUUAUACAAAUAUAUUUACAAAGGACAUGACUGCGCCUAUAUUAAAAUUGUGGAGGAGCAAAAAAGAAUAAAUUAUAAUGAACCAGACACAUACAUUGAAGGGCGGUGCAUCACACCACCGGAGGCUUGCUGGCGUUUAUCUGGAAAUGAACUCCAAAAGAAGAGCCAUGUAGUGCAACGUCUUGACAUACAUCUUCCUGGUCACUACCGAAUGUCAGACAUUGUGAAUGUGCAAGAAGAUCUGGCGGACACUGGCAUUAAGGGUUCCACAUUGGAGUCUUAUUUCAAAACCAAUGCAACCAAGAAGCAAAAAGAAGAAGCUAACCGUCUUGCUGGACUGGAUGAAGAAAUUACCUACCACUUUUAUUGGCAGAUGCCCGAGCAUUUUAAAUGGAUCGGAAGGACGAGUGAAUGGGUUGAGAGGCUUCGACAAAUCAAUGUUAUUGGUCGUAUCCACAGCGUUAAUUUUGUUGCCCAGCCAGAGUUAUACCAUCUCAGGAUGCUUUUGUACCACGUCAAUGACGCUACAAGUUUUGACGAACUUCUUAAAUUUAAUGGUAUCAGGCAUGCCACGUUCAAGCAAGCGUGUCUUGCUCGAGGGCUUGCCUAUGAUGACCAACAGUGGAUAGAUGGUCUGCAGGAAUCGGCCAUGUCAAAAACACCUAGAGCCAUGAGAACACUAUUUACACAGAUUUUAAUAUUUGGAUCUCCAGAAAAUCCAAAAAGACUUUGGGAAAUGUUCAAAGCAGAUCUGGCUGAAGAUUUUCUUCUAGAAAUAGAACGCACAGGUGGCCGAGUGGAAGACGCGAUAAAUCAUACCUAUCGAAUUAUCGCCUCCAAAUUAAAUACCGAAGCCACAGAAGGCAGAGAUUUUCAGUACUGGGUCAACACCUUUGGCAUGGACAACAUUGACUUUGUCAAUAACCAUUUAAAUGUGGAUAUGCUUAACAACGACUGCUCAAUACUGGAAGGGGAACGGUUGUAUGGACUCCUAAAAGGGAAACAGCUUGACAUAGUGAAUACCAUUCUUGAUGCUGUCACAAGUCAUAACUCUGGACCAAGAUGUUUUUUUAUUGAUGGACCUGGAGGUACUGGAAAAACGUUUGUGUACAAAACUAUUUAUCACAUUCUUCGGGGUCGAAAUUUCAAUGUGAAAUGUAUGGCAUUUACAGGAAUAGCAUCAAUUCUUUUGCCUAAUGGACGCACCUCACACAAAACAUUUGGCCUCAGUGUGCCCCUUACACCUGAAUCAGUUUCAAACAUAAAGCUAGGAUCAAUGAAAGCUGCUCAGUUAGCGGAAGUUGAUGUAUUUUUAAUGGAUGAGGCCCCUAUGCUGCCAAAAUACGGACUUUCUACCGUAGACCAGCUACUAAGAGCAAUCGGCAAUGCAAAAGAGCCUUUUGGAGGAAAAACAAUAGUUUUGGGGGGGCGACUUCCGGCAAUGUCUUCCAAUUCAGCCACGAGCUAA